CUGCGCACCCGGUUACAUCGGAGGUCAGAUCCGUUUGAAAUGGCGGACUCUGCAGAACCCGCCAACCCUCCUGGGGAUCCACCCAAGGAGAGCAUGGAGCCCAGCGACGUGCCUGAACUGCCUGAAAUACCUGCACCAGAGACCGGCGGACCGGUUGAGGAUGAUACAUUUCCGUCGUACGACCUGUCGCUGCCCCCGAUCGAUAAAACAAUGCCGGAGGAUGAUCCGCCUCUCCCAAGCUUUGAUACGUCACUACCACCGAUAGACUCCUCAAUCCCGUCGCUGCCACCGAUCGACACCACCUUACCGCCGAUUGACACGACGCUGCCGGCUCCGGAACCUACAGACUCAAACUUCACCUUUGACGAUGCGGACCCAGACGACUCCGAAGGGUUCGGGUCGGUGACACCGGGGCCUCUGUCCGAUGGUAUGAUAAAUCACGGAAAUGGACAUACAGGGCACUUUGGACAUUCCGACUUCUCGCAGCAAUCGCCGUCCAACGGUACCCACCACCAAUCCCCGGGGCAGCCGUACCAGCAACAACCGUCUUCUGGACUACAGAACAACCAACCCUAUCAAGAAUCGCCGCAGUAUCAACACCAGCCCCCGCCACAACAGUACUCCCAGCAUCAAUCGUCGCAACCGCCGACGCCACAACAGCAACAACAGCCGCAAUCGCAGUAUGCUCCGCCACAGGGACAGACACCGCAGCAGCCCGGCACACCAAUGCAACAACAGUCGCAGUCGCAACCAUACCAACAGCAGAAUUCCGACCCAUAUUACCACAAUCAGAAUGCGUCUACGCCCACCAACAACGGCCAGCCAAUGCAACAGCAGGGACAAUCACCGCACGUCCCGCAGGCGCCGAUCGGGUCCCCUAUGCCCCCGAUGGCGUCGGUGGGUCAGUACAUGACGGGAUACCCGUCCCAGAUGGGCAUGAACUCCAACUCCCAGAUGCGAUAUUCGCUGUCUGGUGAUCCGAGCAAGAUGUUGGCCAGUGGGCGACAUAAGAAAGAAGUCAAGCGACGAACCAAGACGGGGUGUCUGACAUGCCGCAAACGACGAAUCAAGUGUGACGAAGGCCACCCCGUCUGUCGCAACUGCGUCAAGAGCAAACGCGAAUGCUUGGGCUACGAUCCCGUGUUUAAACCGCAGCCUACCCCGUCGGCUAUCCAGCCGGCGCCCAAUCCUCAUCCGUCCUUGGUGGUCAACCCGCAGGAUCCUUCGCCGCCGCAAUACCCGUCCGCUCCUCCGGGCUACGUCCCGGCCGUGUCGCAACCGUUUGCCCCGUCCGAAUCGCCCAGUACUUCGGAACAGUAUAACAGCAACAACUACGGGGCGUCUAUUGACCCGUCGCUAGACGGGAACAACGCGCCGAACAUGGCCAGUGUACAGAGUGCCGUCGAGGGGGGUCUCCAACCCACGAUCAACCCGGCCACGACAACCAAUCCCCCGGCGGACCCCACAAGCUUCCGAGUCAAACAAGUGCAGAUCAACGAUCUUCUCGCUCUGCGCGGCAUCCCUCCCCCUCCCCCACAUCCGAUCACCUCUCUCCCUCCCAACCGCUUAGAAGAGAUCCAGGCCGUGUUCCUGGCCACCUAUGCUCCCGCCAUGGACAAGUUCUUCGAGACGAGUUGGUACCAAGAAAAGGCUCUGCAGCACCUCUUGGCCAACGGCCAGCUUAUGGCCGAGUAUUCGGCCUUGAUCGACGCCUUCAACGACCGAAAUCUCAGCGAUCCCAAUGUGGUCGCGCGGCUGGAGAGUUUCGAGGCAUCGGUGGUCUGGAGCACCAUGACCCUCUGCCGCCACGUCAUGAACGUCUCGAACGGGAAUCACGCGCAGGACUACGACCUGCUCGCGGCGACGAAACGGCUCGAUGUCAUCGAGGCCCUGAUCACGGGCGAGCAUCUGAACGCGAAUCCGCUAGCGCAGUUCCCCGCGCGGGAGCCCGCCGCCAACCCGCCAACGCUCCCGGACCAACUGACGCAGCGGUGCCUGGAUUUCUGGAGCUGCCUCGGGUACUUCUUGACGCUGCACGACAACGAAGCCAGCUCCGCCAAAGAGAUCGACGACACGCUGGGCCGGUGUCGCACCCUCCUGGAUACGUUCGAGAACCGCGACGUCAUCUACUCGGUAGCCAUCGCGCGCCACCUGGGCCAGCGGUGGGCCGACUUCCCGCGCAGCUUUCCGCAACCCAUCACCACGAACGAGAAGGACGCGGGGGCCAAGCUCUACGUGGCGCAGAAAUUCCUCGAGCAAGAAGCCGGCGGCAAGGGCACCACGCAGGUGAUCAAACGCAUCUGCGGCAUGGUGGUUCGAUCCUGGUUCGUCUCGCGGGAGUAGACAGCGAGACGCGGGUACUCCAGCAAUCCCCCCUUCUCUCCUUCACACCUUCACACGUCCAUUUUUUGCCUGCUGUAAUACCAAAAAAGCGCAUUGGCGAGACGCUCGAUUUCUAUUUCUUUCCUUCCCUUCUCCCUUUACAUUUCUGGUCUCAACUAGAUCUUUUGCAUGAUGUGAUUUCCCGUCCCGUGGACCGGACCGCGAUGGACGUUAUCUCUUACUUUACCCUCUUAUACCUUGAUUUAUCCGGUUUUCUCCUUUUCUUUUUUCGUUAGUACGGUUUGACUAUUUACGAGGACGAGUCAUGGCUUAGGAGUUUACCCCUUUUAUUUGUCUUUUUUAUUACUUAUCCUUUCUUUGUGCUUUGCAGUGAGAGACAGGACGGCAGCAUUUGGCGUUGGUCUGUCCAUCCUUUCUUCCAUACAAUACAUACAAUAUUCAAUUCAAUGACACCCAGCUUACAAU